UUAUUAUUAUUAUUAUUAUUAUUAUUAUUAUUAUUUUUUAUUUCCCUCACAUAAUUCGUAACAGAUAUCUCCGCUCUUAAUCCGCGAUUUGCAUAGUGGUUACUAGUAGCGUGUUGUUUGUCUCGUCCGAGAGGAGCCUUCUUCCGUUUUUUUAGUCAUCAGAUGGUUCCGCUCUAUAGCAGCAGCAUCCAGACACGGACACGCUGACCUUUACCGUCAUGCGGUCUGGUUGUCUGGUCCGGCCUACUCACUCACCUCCAUGAAACCCGUUAAUCCCGUUAAUUAAGUCUAAAAUCGGAAUCGGGUCCUUUGCUUGAUUGCUUAGCUCACCGCUCAGAGCCCGCGCCUCCCAUUUCCAUCUUCUGAAACUUCGGCCGAGACGCCGCUUUGGGGCUUAUUUUUCGAUAUACGGAUUUCCCGUACGAAAUUCCCCCUUCCCAUACAUUCAUAGGCUGUCCCCAUCAUUCCCAUUAUAGCGUACAGUGUUUACCUAAGCCAAUGGAUAACGGGAAGUCGCCGGCGUCUAGCACGACCACGACCAAGAGCCCCGUGUAUAGCUUCGUGGCGCCGUCGCGUAGCGUUAAGCGCCCGCGACCCGUGAAGAGCUGCUUGGAGUGCCGGAAGCGAAAGCUACGGUGCGACCGCGGGUCUCCGUGCUCGCAAUGCCAGAAAGCCCAGCGCGCAUGUCGCUACGCCGCUGAGGGGGAAGUCGUCAGCCUUAGCGACGACGGGUCUGACGUCGAGACCCCCGAGAGGACUGUCAAGCGCAACCGUAGUGCUGUCACUGUCCUGCCGAAUAGUCAGGAGCUGGUGCCCGGUCAGAAGAGUGGCGAGCUCGGAUACGCUGCCGUGCUCGAGGAGCACGCUGUUAGGCUCGAACGUCUCGAACAUCAGAUGUUGUCGAGGACGUCGUCGGUUGCGGAGUCGAGCAGUGCACCGGCGCAGAGACCUGCUGCGGCGUCGCUUACUAUCCGUGGGUUAACGGUGAAGGGAGGGUUGCGGUCGAGGUUCUUUGGUCAGAUGAGUACACGUGUUCUAGUCAACCUCUUUGAUGAGGCAAAGGACUUUAUGUUUAGUAGAAAUAAGUCCGCCGAUAUCAGGGAGAUGUUCUUGAAUAUCCAGAAGAUCCACAAGGCUCUCCAGGAUGAGCAUCGCAAAUCUAUCGCCCCGAUUACGGUAUUUGUGGACUCGAUGACGCCGAUUCAGAAACGCAUGGCCGAUGUCUUACCAAGUAGGGCUGUUUGUGAUACAUUACUUAACAUUUAUCUGAGUGGAUCAGAGACCAUAUAUCGUGUUCUGCAUGUAACCUCAUUCAUGAGACAGUAUAAUCAGUAUUGGGAGGGUAAACCUCAACCCGACACAUUUCUGCCUCAACUCCUCUCCAUAUUAUGUGUUGGAUAUCGAUAUCUAGGAGCUGGCAAAGGCCAGUAUCCCGACCGCGAAGGAAUUCACAUCCCAACAGCCAGCUCUCUUGUCAGAACUUGGCUCGACAGUCUCCGGGGAAAACAAUUAGUCGAAUUUAGCACUCUUCAAACCGAGAUCCUCCAGCUCAUGGCUCAGAGGAUGAUCAACCCACAAAACCAGGAGUCUUGGACGCAUCUCGGCCUCAUCGUACGGAUGGCGAUGACCAUGGGAUUUCAUCGAGACCCGUCCGAGUUCGGACAGAAGAUACCACCGUUCUGGGCUGAACAGAGGAGGAAGUUGUGGUACACGAUACUCGAACUUGACGUUCAUAUGUCCAUGCAGUGUAACCUCCCUUGCUGCAUCCGAGAGGGCGAUUUUACGUGUCAACCGCCCAGGAACCUUGACGAUGCCGAUAUCCAUCCUAAUAUAGAUCAACUACCUCCUGCAAAACCUAUCGACCAAGAUACCGAUUCCCGCGUGCAGGUGUUCGCCGCUAGCACCUUAUCCAUGCGAUUUAGGGUCGUCGAUGUAAUCAACAGAACGGACAGCCUUCAAGACUAUCAGCAAGUCCUAGAGCUUGGCAAUGAACUGGAACGAGUAUUCGAAGAUGUAAGGUACAUCGUCCCGCCAACACACUCAAAUGAUAUGCAAGAAGUUCGCCGGCGGUGGAUGACGAGGGUCGUAUUAGACAUGCAUUGUCGUCGACCUUUAUUAGCUUUGUAUCGACCUUUCGCCUUGAGCGAUUCAGAUGUUCCCCAACAAAUCAUGACUGGGUAUCUAAGGUCAUCGAUGGUCCUACUAUCCUAUUUAGACGAAUUAGAUCCUUCGUCUCCCGACUAUCAUCAUAUCUGGCACAUGCACCAGUUAGUCCUCAAACAAGAAAUCCUCCAAGCCGCCUUUAGUAUCUGCUAUUAUAUGAAGCAGUCUAUCCACGGUUCCGCGUCACCGGCAUCGUCGACUUUAGAUUCAGUCGUGAAAUCAGAGUCUGCCGAAGAAUCAUGCACUAUCGCAUCUGAGAGUUCAAUAUUGUUGUCUCUGCCACGACUGAAGAAUAUCGUGCAAAAGGUGUUAGAUACAAUGAACAAAAGAAUACGGGAAAUAGGGACAGAUUUGAGAGAUGUGGUCUCACUUACGGUCGUAUUCAACACCUCCCUAGGCGGGACGCCCGAGCAGAAACGGGAAUCUAUUAAGUUAGGGCUGCAGGCGAUUUUGGACGCGGGCAUGCAAGCGAUACACGCGAACCAAGAGAAUAUCGCUUCGAUGCCGAUUAUGCCAUCGCCUGUGUCGGUCCAGAUGAAUCCACUCCAGCCGACCUCCGGUUUCGUGACGCAUGUACAACCCUUCCUGACGACGCCGGAGACCCCUAAUUCUGUACCGGACGACUUGGCUGCCCUUUGGGAUAUGGAAUUCUGGAAUCCGCUCCUCCAGUCUGGACCGUCUUGACGCCCAAAGCCUUACCUCCUCUCACCCUUCUGUACGGUUGGUCCUCUGGAAGCCGAGAGACUCAUCUGGCACCAAGAGUGAGUGUGUGUCGAGGUUUACCAGAGUUGUAUACUAGUAAACACCUAUACUAUUCUUAGGUGCUCACCGAUACAUUUUUAGUAUCAUCUGGAAGUCCCUGUCACCAGGCUACCACCCACAUGUUGCGCAAAACACAUCUUCCCGGUAGAAUUAAGUUCAACACUAAAUCCGACCUCACUAUCCGAAUAUAUCUAAACAAUCAACCGUGUCGUUAACAAGAAAUGUACUGACAGAGGAAGUCAAUCGAUAUAACUCCUCAAUAUCGAAUGCCACAGAACCUGAACUUUACCUGCUUCAAAAUUAUUUCCCAUUCCGAUUAUCCUCGUAACCUCAAUCUCGUAUAUUUAUACCCUUCAAAAGAUUACGACGAUAAUGACUGAGGCAAUAUCGCUAUAUACCACCACCAUUUAGAGAAGAGUUUUGAAAAUGAGAGUUUCAAUGGCGAGGAGUCAACCAAACUUAUAGUGUGUACGAUCUAAGUUUUUAACACUAAGGCAGUUGGAAAUAAAAUAUUUCGGUUGGCUUGGCAUAUAUAUAACUGAGGUAGCACAAUGGCGUACCCUCCGAGUGUACGGCGUUAAGCUACGGCUUACCUAAGAGGGGAAAGGGAGUGAAUAUGAACC